CUUCUAUUCUUUUCAAUUUACCAGGUGACCCCCUGUGUACCACAACACUCAAGUGUGUGCAUAGCACUCGGAUUGUAUUUGCAUGUCCUUGUUAGCUGCACAUGCACCGACACAAGCCACUUCGCCUGAUACCGAGAACCCAGACUCCCACCAUCCCCUCGACAAUUUGAAGAUGUUCGGGGACACUCAUGAGGAAAAUACACCCUUGCUGGGUGGUGACCAUGAGCAAACUAGCUCUUCCUCAUACCAACCAAUCCUGCAUAAUAACAAUGACGACCCGCACUACCAUCAAAUUUUGAAGAAGGCUCUUCACGCGAUUGAAUGUGGUGUCUACCCCGAGCGGAUCUAUCAAGGUUCGAGUGGCAGUUAUUUUGUAAAGGAUGUGGAUGGAAAUAAGAUCGCUGUCUUCAAACCCAAAGACGAAGAGCCCUAUGGUCACCUGAAUCCAAAAUGGACCAAAUGGAUGCACAAACACUGUUGCCCUUGCUGUUUCGGCCGUUCCUGUCUUGUGCCAAACCAAGGCUACCUAUCCGAAGCCGGAGCUAGUCUGGUAGACGAACGUCUGCGAUUAAAUAUUGUACCCAAAACUAAAAUAGUGCGGCUAGUCAGUGAGAGUUUCAAUUACAGUCCAGUCGAUCGGGCCAAGGCCCGAACCAAGCAGCAUGUUGCAACCCGGUUUCCCGAACUAGGUCGUCACUUUACUUGGGUUGGAUUGCCUCCAAAAGCUGGAUCCUUCCAGAUCUUCGUCCCCCGAUGUCGUGAUGCAGAAUACUGGCUCCGGCGUUUCGACAACGAAUCUCUGCCGAAAACCACAUCGGAGGAGUUCCAAGUACAAUUUGAGAAGUUGGUCAUUCUGGACUAUGUGAUCCGCAAUACCGGUACUUUCUCUUACCCUCCCUUUUUUAGAGUCACCGCUGAUACCACGGAUGACUGGGGUUUGGUGAAAAUGCCUAAAAUCGAAGUAUUCGCCAUUGACAACGGACUGGCUUUCCCGUUCAAACAUCCGGAUGAGUGGAGAGCUUCUUAUCUGGCAUCUGCUUGGAUAGUUAUAUCUUCACCAAUUGCAUUUCUCGCUUUUUUCGCCACAGAUCCGUUUCACUGGGCCUGGCUCCCAAUGGCGAAAAGGCCGUUCUCGGAGACAAUCAAACAAACCAUCCUUCCUCUCAUCUCCGAUACUCAUUUUGUAAAUAGACUGGUUGAUGAUUUGUAUGAUCUGUUCAAGAUUGACCCGGGUUUCGAUAUGUCGACCUUCGAGAAGCAAAUGUCCGUACUUCGCGGACAGAUAAUCAAUUUAACCGCUGCCCUGCGUGAUUCCAAAAGCCCUCAUGAUCUAGUUCGCAUGCCUGUUCUGACGCUAGAGCGCCAUGCCAGACGACAACGCCCUCGCUGGCCACAUCAACGAUUAGCCGCUGGUCUGGCUCGACAACGCCGAGUCUCGCGUUCGCGUACGGCUCACAUGAGUUCUAAUCCCGACCCAUCAACUCUCCUUCCGGUUGAUAGACCUCCACUGUCAUCCCAACAGUCCCCUGAAGACGCACGAAGUCCUCAACAGCCAUUUGAAGCCGACUUUCUCAGCGCUGGUGACUUGGGAACAACCAGUCUCAACGGGUCAACGCUAGAUCAGUCAUUAUUGCAUGGAUUGGUCGCCCUACCCAUAUCCAAUCAGCAACGGGUUAGCAAGCCAAUAAACGAACAAGGAGUAGCCGGCGAUGCAACAGAUUCUACACUGCUUUGUGAUUCAAGCGAACAUAGCGACGAGGAACGCUUCAAACUACAGUACCGCAAGAAACCAUUCUUCAGGCGAUUCUGAUCCUUUGAUGGACACCUAAGUUUCCGUAUCUGUACAGUGAUUCCGGAGUCAUUCCAGGAUUUGUUAUCCAGUCCCUUCAGUCGUCUUUCAAAUGUCAGUCAACUCUUUCUACUUGCAAAUGAAUCAUGGAGACAUUGAUGAAAUCAGCAUCAACAUCGAAGCCACCAUUUGUACGGAUACAUUACGUUGACUUAAUGUUCAGUCAUUGAUUUUGUUUCCUCUACCUGGUGGUUGAUCGCUUCAACGAGUUCCUUAUUAUCCUUAUCCUACCAAUGUGGACCCUAUCACAAGUAUCGAUCCAUCAGCUUAAUUCCUCGACGAACCGAAUCGUUUAUGCGCACAGUUGUUCAAGUCGUUUGUGUCUUUUGUCUUCAAGUCUGUUCAUUUCCACCAGUACAGUACUGACUUCGGUUGUUUUUUUUCGAAAAAGUGUAUGUUUCAGAUUCCCCUUAUGUUUUUAAAUGUCCUCUACAGGUAGGUCGCUGUUAGAUCUACGACCAAUGCAAUCAAAACUGAAUUUGUAAGAUGUGGAG